AUGGAGAUUACGAUUGAUCAUAAGCAUUUUAAAGUCAGAUCUGAAGGUUUGCAUGGUGAACUGGUUCGCAUAAUGGAAUGGAAUCGGUUUGGAUAUUUCUCAUGCUUACUGAAUAGAAGUUGUGUGAGAUGGUUGAAGGAGAUGUUUUCUGAAGCUUUAUCCUGGAAUCGACGAGAUAUUUUCUUUAGAAAGUUUAGGAGGGAUGGAUAUUGUAUGUGGAUGCAACUGGAAAAUAGCAGGUUUGGGGAGUUUGCCAGGAUUACACAGAUGAUGAAUAAUGGUAGAAGAAAGGGUUUGAUUAUUCCCCAAGGCUCCCAAGGCAUUGGAUGGAAAGGGUUUAGAGGAUUGAUGGAGGAUGUUCUUUCGGGUGGAAGGAAUACAAGGAUACAUGAAAAAGAAAAUCAAAGUCUGAUGGUAGUAUCAAAAUCUAGAGUUAGGGAGCAAGGAAAUGGGGGAUGGGUUGAGAUGCAUAAGGAAAAUACUCCUGCAAAUAAUAAGGGGGAUGCAAAUAUGCUUAAAGAAGAGGUUAAACUGAGGUGUGUUGUGGUUAAGGUGUUGAAGAACACAGGAUUGUUCAAUCGAAACGAAAAAGGAAUACUACAAGGUGAAGGUAGUAAGGAGAUUUUGUGUAUUGGGCAAAAGGUCAAAGACGAGAGUUGUAGCAUAUUGGAAAAUCAAUCGGCCAAAAAAAAGUUGCAAACAAAAGGGGGAUUACGUGUCAAGAAGAGAAAGGAGGAGGAGGAGGAGGGAGUUUGUGCACCACAAGGCCAGAAUAAAUGCAAAGAUUUGAGCUCGAAUGAUAGGGCUCUCUCACACGGGCAAAUGGCUAUCUUCAUAGAUGAAACAAAGGCUCUCCUCAAAGUUGAAAACUGA